GGAACAUUAAUUAGAUUUACAAUUCUACCAAUUCAAUCACAAAUUUUCAUCUAAUGCAUUAGUUUCAAGUAGAACUUUUGAAAAGUGAAAUUUGCAUUUGGGGAAAAGGGGCAAAUAAGGUCACGUACUAACCAAAAAAGAUCAAAUAAAGCCUUAUUUAUGAGGCUCUGUCCGGCCAUCGCCAUUUGGGGUGGUUUUCGGUGGAAUUUUUUGAUGAUUUUUUUUUGACCAUCUUAUUCAUUAAGUCUAGUUUACUCAUACCGAAUUUCAGAUAAAAAUUUAAUCGAAAAGGCAUUCAAAUGAAUUCUUGAAGAUAACUGCGCUUUUAACUGCGCAAUUAUCUUCAAGAAUUCAUUUGAAUGGCUUCACGAUUGAAGUUUUAGCUUAAAUUUGGUAUGAGUAAACUAGACUUACUGAAUAAGAUGCUCAAAAAAUUUCAUCAAAAAAUUCCAGAGAGAACCAACCCAAAUGGCGAAGGCCGGACAGAACCUUAUAAAUAAGACCUUAUUUGAACUUUUUGUGUUAGUACGUGGUCUUAUUUGCCCCUUUUCCCUUUGCAUUUUGUAAAAUUGACAACAAGACUACAAGAGUACACUGGUACUUUAGAACAGUCGCGAUCUCAAUAGUUCUUACAAUAAUGGUCCAUUGCGUUAUCCUUGUCGAUAAAUGCCUACUCAACUGUUGAUGAACGUGGCAAAACACAAACCACUCGCAUCACAUUAUCAAACUCCAUCUUACCCGUCCAUCUCAAAACAUCCAACCGUCACCAUUUUCUCAUAGUAUCGCUCAAGAUUAAUAAAAUCAACCAAAAUUUUCACAUCACUUCACUCCCAAAAAUGGCUUCCAUUGCUCUCAAACCCUUCACCGGAUUCCGUCAUCUCUCGCCGGAGAACUCCUCCAUCGCCACCCUCUCUCAUCCGCUCCCCAAAACCCACUCCCGUCGCAGGGUCCUCCGCAUAAAUGCAUCCAACAGCAGCCCGCGAGUCACCGGUCGGAAUCUUCGGGUCGCAGUCGUUGGUGGUGGCCCGGCCGGUGGCUCCGCCGCUGAAACUUUAGCCAGGGGCGGUGUAGAGACGUUCUUGAUUGAACGGAAGAUGGACAACUGCAAGCCUUGUGGUGGGGCCAUCCCACUCUGUAUGGUCGGUGAGUUUGACAUCCCGCUGGAUCUCAUUGACCGGCGAGUCACCAAAAUGAAGAUGAUUUCUCCGUCGAAUGUCGCCGUUGAUAUCGGCCGCACGCUCAAGCCCCACGAGUAUAUCGGUAUGGUCCGCCGUGAGGUGCUCGACGCCUUCCUCCGUGAGCGGGCGGCUGACGCGGGAGCCUCCGUGAUAAACGGGUUGUUCCUGAAAAUGGAUCUGCCUAAGUCACCGGCCGCCCCCUACGUCCUGCACUACUCAGCGUACGACUCCAAGGUCGGCGGCGCCGGCGAGAAGAAGACCCUGGAGGUCGAUGCUGUCAUCGGAGCCGACGGCGCGAACUCCCGAGUGGCGAAAUCCAUCGAUGCCGGCGACUACGAGUAUGCCAUCGCCUUCCAAGAACGCAUCCGCAUCUCCGACGACAAAAUGAAGUAUUACGAGAACCUCGCCGAGAUGUACGUCGGCGACGACGUCUCUCCUGAUUUCUACGGCUGGGUCUUCCCCAAAUGCGACCACGUCGCCGUCGGCACCGGCACGGUGACCCACAAGCAGGACAUCAAGAAAUUCCAGCUGGCAACGCGGCAACGCGCGGAGUCCAAAAUCUCCGGCGGAAAGAUCAUCCGCGUGGAAGCCCACCCAAUCCCGGAACACCCGCGUCCUCGCCGGAUCCAGGACAGAGUCGCGCUCGUCGGAGACGCUGCAGGGUACGUUACCAAGUGCUCCGGCGAGGGGAUCUACUUCGCGGCGAAAAGCGGGCGGAUGUGCGCGGAAGCCAUCGUGGAGGGAUCUAACAGAGGGAAAAGAAUGGUUGAGGAAUCAGAUCUCAGAAAGUACCUGGAGAGAUGGGACAAAACUUACUGGCCUACAUACAAAGUGCUGGACGUUUUGCAGAAGGUGUUUUACCGGUCGAAUCCGGCGAGGGAGGCGUUCGUGGAGCUUUGCGCCGACGAGUAUGUGCAGAAGAUGACGUUUGAUAGCUAUCUGUACAAGAAGGUGGCGCCGGGAAACCCCAUUGAAGAUUUGAAGCUUGCUGUAAAUACUAUUGGGAGUUUGGUCAGGGCCAAUGCCCUUAGGAGGGAGAUGAAGAAGCUUAGUGUGUAAGAUCAGUGAUGUUAUCAUAGUUAUGAUGCUAAGUAAUUAUGUAAUAUAAAUGGUUUUUGUGAUUGUGAUUUAAGAUUUCUGUUUGUGGUUACAUUAAUUAAUUAAUUAAUACAAGUAAUAAAAGUUUGGAUCUAGUCUAAAAUUCAGUGUCCAUUUGACAAUGGCUUUCAGACUCAAUUUGGUGAAGUGAAAGUGUUUGGUAAUAUAUUAACUGAAAUGACUGAUUGAUUUUAAAAUUACUAUAAA